AUGCUCAACGCCCUCGCCAACCACGGCUACCUCCCUCACUCCGGCGCCGACAUUUCUCUCGCUCAGCUGAUGCAGGGCCUGAAGAAGGGGAUCAACCUCUCCCCCGACGCCUCCCUAAUAGUAGGCCUCAAAGCCCUCCAAGCCUCCAGCACGGGCUCCUGGGUAACCUUCCACCUCGACGACCUCAACAAACACGGGGUAAUCGAACACGAUGGCUCCUUAUCUCGAGGCGACGUAAGCAUGGGCGACAAUCACACCUUUUCACCUGAGAUCUGGGCUACCGUGCUGCAAGUCAUUGGCGAUGACGAAAGGAUUAGUAUCGAGACGGCAGCGAAGAUGCGCGGGUUCAGGAUUGCUGAGGGACCGAAACUGAAUCCCGAGGGGUUCAAGAUGAGCAGUGAGGAUCUGAGGUUCAGUGCGAUUGAGACGGCGUUGUAUUUGAGGGUUUUGGGAAGGGGGACGGAGGGCGGGGCGGAGACGAGGUGGGUUCGGGUUAUGUUUGAGGAGGAACGGCUCCCGAUUGAAGAAGGAUUCAAGAGGUCCGACAAGCCGCUCACGAUUGCGGAGAUAUUGGAAUUGCAGAGGAAGGUUGAGGCGGUCGGUGCUGCUCCCGAUCCGAAGUGA